UUUCUUUUGUUUUGCCAAAUACAGGAAGCAGUUAACAUGGCUGCACAGCCUUUUGAUUGCACUGUUCCAUUGAAAGUGUUUUCGUUCAGGGAUAACACUGAUUACGGGAGGAUUCCCAGGGUGAGUGAAGCUCCCUUUCAACGAAUGAGUCAUUUCCGCCGCCUGCUGUGUCUCAAUUAAACAACAACAUUAAACACAGUCAAUCAGUCAUGUGCACAAAGAACUCCAGGGUGGCUCCUCUUCUAACCUCUGACCUUCACUUUUUUAACAGUUGAACUUGUUUUAACUUCUGGUUGAUCAAACUUAUACGACUAUUGUAACAAUGUGAUUAAAAGAAAGUCUUUUUUAUAGACCUGUGACCGUUUCAAAAGGCUGAUUUCAAACAAUAGCCAACCAUCACAUUACAUCAGAUUAGGCAGGAAGUAAACGGUUUUGCUGGUACAGAGUUCAUGCUAUCACAGAGUCAACAACAUGUCUAUAGUUCUCUUAUUUUGGUAAAUGAGCCGGCAGGCUAGUGUCCAUUAAACAUGAAUGUACAGUAUGUUUAACCAUUGUCAUUCAUAUGUUUUAGCAUGAUGGGGGGACGGUGCAUGUAAUCCCUGCUAUUCUCUGCUACAGAUCAUCAUAUUUACUAAAGGAUAGAAAUGAAGGAGCACUAAAUAUUUAGCAUUAUUUUAUUACUAAUAUUAUUAUAAUCACUUUUUGCAUUCUGGUGACACUUGUGUUUCUAGCAGCCCUAAAACUCCAUGCUGCUUUCAACUCCAUUGAACUCUCCGUACCAAAUGGAAAAAAACAGGAAGCUGGACAUGAGUGACACCACCUCCCAAAAGGUUGACUACAAACUUAACUAUUUGCUUUCCAAAUUUGACCCUUUGAAAAAAUAAAGGCUGAGAACUUAUAGCAAUUAAAACCCACAGCAUAAGAUUGAGUCAUGAGGUUUGCAGCUUUCUUGGGUUUAGUGACUUUCAGGAGGGCACAAGUCACAGAUAAAGGUCUUACUGCCAAAUGACAACAAGCUACAGUUUCUGUUAUGCUAGAAGCUUUGUUACUCCUAUCAUACAAAACCAUCUGGACCCGACCUGUCUAUCUGGGAGGCCAUGAGCGGGGUGCCAUCAUGCAUGGGGAAAGGGUAGGAAGUGAACACUGUGUGCAGUACCCUCCAGGAAAGCCUCAUCUCUGCUCUGCAUGCCAGUUGCACAUCCUCUGGGCUGUCUCUGUCAACUCCACAGGAAAGGGGGGUGGGGGGUGGGGGGGCUUUGUCAUAUCAGAACUGACUUUCUCUGCUUGUUUCUUAAUUGUCAUAAAUUUGCUCCUGAGCUCUGCAGUGACAUUGUGUGGAUCAUGUUUCUUAAUUGUCAUAAAUUUGCUCCUAAGCUCUGCAGUGACAUUUGCGUGGAUCAAGUCAUGGGUUUUAAUAAAGCUCUCCAAACACUGCACAGUUACACCAGAGUUUAACAAAAAAAUACUUUUUUGCACACUUUAGACUAUCUAAACCUGCUUGACUUUAUUUAAAAUUCUUGAUAUUUCUGAUGAGAUGCCAAGAAUUUCAUACAACAAAUAUGACAAGCUAUUAUCAAAGGAAACUUUAGCAAGAGAGCAUGUAUUUAGUAAUGCAAGCUAUUAAAAAUUUCACCUGGCAUAAAAUUUGUUGUGUAAGAUGAACACUCAUAAAACACUGUAUGAUAUUAUAAAUAUGUUGAAUAUACUCAGACUGAGAGUUCUUAUUUACCUUGAAAACAAUAACAAAGUCCAAAACAAAAGUUUCUAAGUUUCUUCCUCAGCAGUUGAAUGAUUUUUUGUAAUAUAAAAAUCGUGUUUCCCAUAUUUCUGAGAACUGCUGGUUUGUUUUAAGUAGAUAUGUGCUAUAGACAAAAGCAGCUAUUAAACAGACUAUAUUUCAGACCAGAUUCUGGAUGACCACUGGAUCACUGAGAAUCAACUUUAGUACCUCAUUUUAAAGUCAAGGAUGAAUAAAAAUAAAAUAAAAGCUACAUUUCUGCGACAGCAUGUAAAACCCAUCAGGCUGACAUGAUCUGGUUAUGUGGUUUACCUUUAAGCCUCACCUCCAGAGUGGCCCUUCUGGUGAUAAAGAUCUUAUCAGCCAUGAAAUAAAGGUUAAAAGGUGAUAUUCAUGGCUUAAGUAUGAACACAUGUGAUUGUAACUAAAUGUGUGAUGUUCAAAGAAAGUUGGUAUAAAAAAAAAUCGCCAAAAUGUUUUUCUAUGAAGGACAUGCAGUUUUAAGUUUUAUCCCUGUCAGGCUGCUUUCUGUACAUCUGGCACCACAUAGUGGCUCCUGGGCCUUCUCAGCCUGGUGUUUAUCCAACAAGCCUCCACAACCCAACUACUGUCUUGCCCCGGGAUACAUUUAGCCUGAAUUUAGAGUUAAACUGCGAUUGUCCUUUGGUUGCAUCUGUCUGAGGAGCUGUGUGAAGCUGCUGGAGUCAAAAUGCUUUAUCUCUCUGCCCAGUCCAACUGCUGCGUGUGUCCCUCCCUCCUGCAGGCAGACCUGAGGCUCUGGCAGUAGAUAAGAAGAAGGGCUUGCAGCGGCUCUGGUUUAAAAGCAAAGGCUGCAAGGACAUCGACAUUGCAGAAAUAUCAUGGCAUCAAUUUAUCACAACUUGAUCAGGAGAUUUUUCCAAUGAUAUUUUAAAGCAUCUUGUUUUUGGAUGACAGUUUUUUUAAGUGAGCAGGUCCACUUUAUAAUCCAAGAGCUGGGAGGAAAGCAGACAAAUAACAACAAGAGGAAUCAUGGUGAAAAGUCUAAUGUACCAGCAAAGUUUGUGAAAAAGAAAAUCUGGAUUUUAUAAAUGAGCAUUGCAGUGGAAAUAACUUGAGAACUUAAGGCAAAUAUAGGGGUGUUUUUUCAUCCCAAUUUGCAAACCCAUACGUGAAAGAAAUUAUAUUUCAGCAUCACUAAAUUUACAUAAAACUGCAGCUGCUUCUUAUGAAGGCAGAAAAACAAACAUAUAAUCACUUUACAAUGUUGAGUCUUCAAAUGUAUGAAAAGGGAAUUCUGAAUGAGCCCCAACCCUACCAAAUGCAACAUAGAAAAGCCUCUCAGAUGUUAUGAAAUCAGUAUUUAUGGUUGACUAACAAACAGAAAGAGAUGAAGGAGGUGAUUGUGCAGUACUUACAUGACUAUCUCUACUUAUUGCUUAUUUCAAGGAUUAUUUCAAGGCUUACAUAGUGAGAAAAUCUUGAGUCAUUCCUCACAGAUUAUGAGUGCUAUAGUCAAAACUCUGCCCCUGUUACUGGCAGAGUGUCCAGACAAAAGUGCUCAUCCCAAACUGCCAACCUGCCUAUUUCAGAACUUAAAGGUGGACAGAGUGCAUGUUUUUCAGACCUCUGUGCCUUUACUGUUCCUUUAUCAAACAUCAGAAUCCAUGUAAACCCCAUCAGAGCUUUGGUCAAAGCCAGUUUAAUCCCCCACAUAAUUUAGGGCUUUCAAUAAAUAAUAAAACAGUCAUUGAGAUUUUGAAAGAUUAUUGUAUGUUUUGUGUGCAAAUCAAAGUAGCUCUACAACAACUGUGGAAGAAAUAGACCUGGCACAAUCUUUUCCCUGACUUGUUUAAAAAAAAAAAGGUUAAAAAGACUGAAAAGAAAAAUAUAGGCUUCUAAAGUACACUAUCAGUUUCACCACUCAUACCAAGUCUAGUUAGAAAUAUGUUUCAAAAGUCAUCAACAAAAGCUGUUACUGCUGGUGUGGGUCUUAAGCCAAUUGACCUCAUGAAUGAGUAAUUUUAGUAAUUUACUGAGAACCAACAAAUGCUCAAUGAAACUUUCUUUGAUAAAAAAUAUUGGGGAGAGUGGGGUAAGAUGAGCCAUGUUUCAUAUUUCAGAUCACUACAUCAAGUCAAUCAUAGUUUUGUCUCUAACUACUGUAUCUGCAUAUAUUUCAAGAAAAUUAAAAUGAUCUUUUUUGGUCUGAACACAAUUCUAAUAAAACUUAUGACAGACUAAAUUCACUUUCAAGAGUGAAAAAUGAUUUUUUUUGUAAAUAAAUGUCUAACCUCUUCACCCAUGUGCUUCUAACCUUCACAGACUCCAUGAAUUGAUGCACAUCUCCUAAAUAUUUGGUCAUAUGAUCAAUUUCUUUGACCAUCUCAAAGCAACAGGGGGUGGUUCAACUUACCCCACUCUCCCCUACCUGAAAAAGCUUAAAUCAUGUUGCACAUUUAUGAUAAACCUCGUUGUUUAUGCUCACAUAAAGCAGGCUAAUGUGGCGCAUUUUGACCUCAGAAAAAUCACACGCCUCGUGAUAACGAUAUCACGUUGUUUCUUUGUAUCUUGUGGAGUCUUUGCUCAAACAAAGCUCAGAUAUAAUGGGCCCAUCAGUCCCAGUCACGACCUUCCAGCGCGCCUGACUGAGCAGCUGGAGUCGUGUUUAGCUGUCGCUUUAAGACCCAUUUCCCCCCAUUGUCAAACAGUCGUGAGCAGGAAGAGGGAAACGAAAGCAGAGAGCAGCAGCAGGGGGGGCUGGUGGAUUUAAAUACGAUACUGCUGCUCGUGCUGCUGCUGCUGAGCGCGUGAACGGUCCACUCGCCUAAACAAACCUGCACGAGGACACGGAGUAACAGCGUUUUUCUAAGUCUGCUGGUGUCGAAUUAUAAAAAUGUGUCUUCAGAGUGUCUUUUUAAGGAAACCGUAACCCACACUUCACAGGCAUGGAGGUGUCACGGCGGGUUAUUGCCUCAGGAAAUGAUGACAGCGUCCUCCAUCAUCGCUUAGCUGCUUAGAGCGAUAUUUUCUUGUUUUGCGGCCAUUUCCACAAGACGCUGCUGUCUGACAGUUUAACAGGGGAGAAAAAAGCUGAAAUCCGGAGGUAAGAGGCGCCUCGGAGGCUGUGGGAGCAGGUGCAGCGGCUUUGGGCUCCAGUGUCCCCGCAGGCAGCUUGACAGGCAGCCGCUGGUCUGGAUGUGACUCUGAAACCUUUUCUCUAGAUCAGACUGGACCGCAGAUACUCGAGAUGACAUCCACCAUAGAGAGAAAAACACUAGAAACAAACGAGUAAGUAUCUUCUCUACUUUGUGGCGAUGAUACUAUGUAGGAUAUGUUUAUAAAAAUAAAACUUUAAUGGCGCACUUUCGUUGUGACAGCCAAACUAUCUCAUAUGCAUAAUAACAUGAGGUCAGAGGUCAGACAUCAUAUUGUUAUUUGUGUGUAAAAAGAGAGUUAAAUUGGUUCUUGGCCAAUAAAUAAAAAUUGAAAUGAUUUUUUAAAAACUCUUAACAAGUGACAUAUCCCAUCUGUCUUGAUUUUGUUGUGUAUUUCAUGUGUGUUUUAUAGGGAUAAAACUAUUUUCUGUGUUUGGAGUUUUUCCUCUUCUCAAAAGACUGUCAGCAAUUACAAAACUACAUCUGUGCAUCCAAACAUUGUUCAAACCACAUCCGCCUUAUUUAACCUGUAUUAGAUAUUUGAAAACAAAACUAAAUUUUGGGGUAUGGAAUCAUGCACAGACUUGUUCUAGUCUCAUUUUCAUUAAGAUGCACCGUCUUUAAAAAAUGACACAUGAUUUGAGCUCAGAUAUUUCACUGAACAUAUUUUAUGGUAAGUAUGAAGAGCUGAUUUGAGGAAAAUACCAAAUGUACAAGAGUUGUUAUCCAGGCUGUGAAAAGCUGUAAACUUUGAUUGGGAAAGAAAAGUAAAAAACUGAACUAUGAUGGGAUUACUGAAGUUUGUUUGUUUUGUAGUGUGUAUUCAGUGGGUCCCUCAGGUGGCCGGCAUCAAAUGCUUCAAUUUUUCAUAUUUCAAGAAGAUAAUCAGAGGACCUAAAAUAGAGCCAGGUCAAAAAAAAUAAUUAGCUUAAUCCGUAUUCCAUCUAAAAAAAACAAGGUAAUUGAAUUGAUAUUUAAGAGGUUAAACAGUUGAUCUUGAAUCAUUAUUAUGCAGCAUACAUGCCAAAAGCCCUGUCUUAACUUUUCUGUUCUCUGCAACAGCAAAAACUCAAAACUUUUUGGUUUAAAGGCUUGGCUUCAUAAAUCAACAAGGGAGCCACUGUUGGCUUCAAGAAUUGGUACAUUUUCACAAUCCCUUCUCUUUUUACAGAAUACAGAUUACUGUGUGAAUAUAUGAUGUUUCUAAAAAGUUUAUUUUUCCUGCAGGGAGCCGGUGGAUGAAGUCCUGCAGAUGCCUCCAUCUCUGCUGACAUGUGGUGGGUGUCAGCAGAGCAUCGGUGACAGAUUCUUCCUAAAGGCCAUUGAGCAGUACUGGCAUGAGGACUGUCUGAGCUGUGACCUGUGUGGGUGUCGGCUCGGGGAGGUGGGCCGUCGGCUCUACUACAAACUGGGGAGGAAAUUAUGUCGGAGAGACUACCUUAGGUUGGUGUGAUGUUGUAACAUCUGGAUUUUGUUAAAGUUUAUUUUUAUUUAAACUAUAUUUAUCAUAAAUAUUUUAAUUGAUAUAGAAAAUCUCUUUUUAAUGGAGUCCUGGUCGAGAUAACAGAAUGAAAAAGUUUCACUCAUUGUGAAAGACAAAUGUCAAACAGUAGCGUAAACCAAAUACAAUGAUCAAUAGAUUAUCAGAUUUCCUUAGUAAACCUCAGUAUGUGUAUUCACUCUUCAGAUGAUCCUUAAUCCAAGUUUUAAAGUCCUCCUGACUAAUAAAUCCAGUCUGAGGUGAUCUUGUAGGUCAGACCAGUAGUAAGAUCAGAAUAUUGUCAAGAAAGCUGUAGACACAGAUUAUACACACAUACUGACAGUACCACAUUCAUGAUCCUCUUGUGGCAUAUGAAUAAAAGACAUUAUACACUGCAGCCCUGUCUUAUCAAUAAGCCAUGUGUUAUAAUAUUGAAGAUAUUUUUUAAGCUCCUGUGAGAAUCUUUCAGUUUGUGUCAAUUUUUGAUGUCCCCUGUAGACAAAACAGUUUUAGUUCAUCUUGUCAAACUCAUUCUUGAGCAGUAAUAUUUAACAAAAAUCUUUUCUUGCUGAGUUUUGAUAGUCAAAUAUGAGUAAACAAAAACAGUGCUGUAUUUUAAAAUGCUCUGCUGAUACCAACCCUUCCACACCAGGCUCAGUCAUAAAAAAACAGCAACUAAAUGGUCAGUCUUGAAGCUGUUGGUCUUUUUUGCCCUUAGCUGUCAUGAAAAGGCACAAAUAUAGAUUUCCACUUUUUUCAUGAAAAAAAAAAAAAAAAACUUUUUACAAGAGCUUUAAGUUUCACAGUGCUAAUGUAUUUCACUUUAUUUUAGAACUUUAUUCUGCUGUAACUCAGGAACAUUGGCACCAACUAGUGCUUAAUGUACAGUACAGCAUUCCAUUAUAUAUUUUGUUUAUCUCUUCUCCUCAUGCAGACUGUUUGGUCAGGAUGGUCUCUGUGCGUCCUGUGAGAAGAGGAUUCGAGCAUUUGAAAUGACAAUGCGUGUGCGAGACAAGGUUUACCAUCUGGAGUGCUUCAAGUGUGCUGCCUGCCAGAAACACUUCUGCGUGGGUGACCGCUACCUCCUCAUCAACUCCGACAUUGUGUGUGAGCAGGACAUCUUUGAGUGGACCAAACUCAACAGCAACAACAGCAGCAUGGUUUAGAAGAAAAUCUCUCGUUCAGCAUGAAGGAGCGUCCCCCUGCCUUUCUCCCAGUUUUCCACGAUGCUCAGCAGGAUUUGACACACGAGUCAGGUGUUGAUCAUUUGAACUUAAAAAGGAGAGACUACACCUCUGCACUGCUUCCUGCUGAUGUCAAAUAAAGAAUGCACCAGCAAUAACAGAAAGCUUGUCAUUUAAGGCUUUAUAAAUGCAAAAAUAACCCAUUUUUUUCUUAAAUACUGAUAAAACUCAAACAUGCCAUUAUUGUUUGAAAAAAACACACUGGAAUUUUUGAGUUUUUUUUUUUUUUUUUUUAACAAUCUAAAACCCAAUCUUUGGAUCACCUCAGUCUGGUCUGAAAAAGUUCAAUAAGAAUUUCAGUAAUAAUUUAUUGUGUGGAUCAGUUUCUUUUGUUACUCUCUCUGCUUAUGAUAAUUUGUCAGUUGGGGGGAAAUGGGUCUCAAAGUUACAGAAUUUAAUGCUGAUAGUAUGGAAUUGUUUAAUGGACUGCUUAAUUUUUAAUUUAUUUUUAAUUAAAAUUUGCAUGUUCAGCCUCCCUGCUGCACAGACCCAAAGACUUUUGACAGAUGAUUAUAAGAGUAACUACCGACUCAUCACCAGAAAAACUCCACAUAAAUUUAAGGAGGUAUUAAUGAGAACUCAUAGAGCAAUUAAAUAAAUCUGAACUAGAUUCUCAAGUUAAUUCAAAUAUUUGUUUCCACUUGUCAUCACCUGAAUGACUGUACUGUAUUACCAGGUUGAACUGGUGUGCCCUCUAGUGAUUGAGGGAACUCUUGCAAUACUAAUGUACCGACUCUUUGAAGGUCUUUCCAGUAUCUCUUUUGCAAAUGCUACAACUCUUUGGACAGAAUCCUUGGAACAUUUUUGUAUAUUUACUUGUCAGCUCGUUGAAUAAAAUACAAUUUAAAGAAAUGA